AUGCCGCAAGGUUGCUGCUUCGCCGUCGCUGCUGCCGUUGGUCCCUCGCAUCCCCUGUUCACCCGCCCCAAGCACACCGGCGUACUAAAGGCCACCCUCCCGCAUGACAGCUGUGACACGCAUACUCAGCCUCGUCCCCUCUGCCCGGAAUCUUCAGGCCCGCGUUCCUUGCUUGUCCACCUCGCUUUGCUCUGUUCCACGGCCCGCUCCACCCUCUCCGGCGUCAUCCGCACUCCUGCUUUUCCUUAUUUUCCUGUCUGCUGGCGUGUCGCCAUGGAAUCGUCGCGCCAGUAUCAAGUCCCCCACACGCCGCGCGUGAUAUCGCCCUCGCCUACGCCUUCGGAAGCUGGCAGUACAAGAGAUGGCUACUUUGGGCCUGUAACGCGCUCAGCAACACGCAAACAACGGGUUACGUCACCACCGCCAAUCGAUGAAGACUCGUCUGGCUCCGACCCCGACCAGAGGGCGCGAACUCGAAGCCGGAGUCCGGCGGUUGCAAAAAUCGCAGGAAGGCGGCGAAUGAGCGCCCUGGCGAGCCGACGACAGAUGAAUGGAGUCGGCCAGAAGGAACUCUCAUUGCCUGGCGACACAGCAAAUGGUCAUUUAUCGCCGGCAGCAGCCAACAAAAACUACUGGCGAGAGAUGAGCCGAAGCCCGAGUCCUCUGGGCCUUAUUCCUAUCCAUCAGAAAUGGCGAUCAUUUAUUCAUCGACAUGAGAUACCCCGCAAGAUUCUUCACGUUUCCAUCGGCUUCCUGACUAUCUUCCUAUACUGUACCGGAACGCAAACGUCGCAAAUCCACAAUGUGCUUCUUACAUUGCUGGUUCCUAUUGCUCUCACUGACGUCAUCCGCCACCGCUACUGGCAAGUGAACCGCCUCUACAUCCGCUUCCUGGGCGCGUUGAUGCGCGAAUCCGAAGUAGACGGAUACAACGGUGUCAUUUCAUACCUUCUCGGCGCAUGGAUUGUGAUGCGUUUCUGUCCUAAGGACAUUGCGGUGAUGAGCAUCCUGCUCCUGAGCUGGUGCGACACUGCAGCUUCGACUUUUGGCAGACUAUGGGGCCAUCUGACGCCGAGGGUGAGGAAGGGCAAGAGUCUUGCGGGAUCCAUCGCAGCAUGUGUGACUGGUGUCAUUACAGCCGCGGUGUGGUGGGGUUGGCUCGGUCCCACGUUCUCAGAGUACAACCACGGCGAGCACGCAUUCGCAUUUCAGGGCGCCCUCACAUUGCCCCUGCAAGCACGAGAACAACUCAACCUAUCUGUAAGCCAGGCUUCGGUUACAGGCCACGUGGCUUUGGGUGUCAUGUCCCUGGCAGCCGGCAUCAUUGCCAGUACCAGUGAAGCCAUAGACGUUUUUGGGUGGGACGACAACCUCACCAUCCCUGUGCUCUGCGGCGCUGGUCUCUGGGGGUUUGUCAAGAUGUUUGGAUGA